AUGUAUUCUUUCUUAUUACUUUUAUUAUUACUCGUUCAUCGUCAUCUUAUUAUUAAUGGUGACAAAAUGGCAUCUUGCCAACAAACAUUUGGUUCUAGUAAAUACGACCUAAAUUCAUUAAAUACAUUCACACUGACGGGCAGUGAUCAAGAAUACAAUUAUGCUUUUACACCAUGUGGCAUUGUUCCGCAGACGUCAUGUGGUGGCAGAAUGGUUAAUGGUGUUAUGGCGUGUCAAACAAGUAAAACUCAAUCAUUUGUCGCCGUGAUAGCUUAUACUGACGGUAGCAAACCAACGAAUGCUACAUAUACAAAAGAUGCCAAAGGAAUAGUGAUGACUACAAUCAAUGGUGAUACAUGUGGUCCAAGACGUACAAUGACAGCAACAUUUAUUUGUGAUAAAAAUAUUAAAAAACCAACAACAAUGGAAGUUCAUGAACCCCGACCACCUGGAUGUACUUUCAAUAUUAUCGUGAAAGCUGCAGGAGCUUGUCCAAUUGGAUCCUCUGGUGGUGGUCUCAGUGGUGGAGCAAUAUUCGUCAUUAUUUUAAUUGUACUCAUCGUAGUUUAUUUAGUCGGCGGCUUGUUAUUUAAACGUUUUAAGCAAAACCAGACGGGAAUAGCGGCUAUACCCAAUCUUGAUUUUUGGUUACUAUUGCCUACACUCAUUCGAGGUGGUCUAGGUUUUACAUGGUCAAAGAUAAGAGGAGUGUGUGGCGGUGGAAGCACGUCAGCGAGUUCAUCAUAUCAAUCUGUAUAA